AUGCCGUCGAAAUGCAAAGCCAUUGACCCUCGCUCGUCCUCAAUAUCCAAUGGCGACCCCUCUCCCGCACGUCACUGGCUAAUGAAAGCCGAACCAGACACCCGUCUCGAAAAGGGCAUCGACGUUGCGUUCUCCAUUGACCAUUUCGCCUCUUGCAAAAUCACCAAAUGGGACGGCGUCCGCAAUCCAGAAGCCAAAACCAUCAUGAAGGAGAGAAUGAAAUACAACGAUCCAGUCCUGUUCUACCACUCCAACACCAAAAUACCUGGUGUCGCAGGUCUAGCUCGGAUAUGCAGUAAAGAGAGCUACCCGGAUCCGUCAGCGUUUGAUCCCAAACAUCCGUAUUACCAUCCAAAGAGCGAUCCAGAGACUCCGAAGUGGUUUCUGGUCGAUGUUGAGUUCGUGGAGAAGCUCGAGAGACUAGUGCCGUUAGGGUUGCUACAGAAGCUAGCGGGGAAACAAGGCAAGUUGAGUAAGGAGGAGAGGGAGAAUGUGGGGUAUUUGACAGAUGAGCAGGUCGGGGCGAUAGCAGAAAUGGCUUUGCUGAAUAGGGCAAGGUUGAGCGUUCAACCUGUGACAAAGGAGGCGUUUGAGGCUGUGGUGCAGUUGAGUAGGAAGGGUGGAUGGGAUGGGUGGGUCGAGAAGUGGAAUCCGAAGACGGCGGGUUCGAAGUCUGCCGCUCAAGCGAAGGCGAAGAAGGAAGCACCCAAGACAGAGGCAGAUGAGCACGGGGACAAGGAUGUCAAAUCAAAGGCAACAAAGAAGAAGGCACCGGCAUCGAGCAAGACAAGCCAGGCAUCAACGAACAAGAAGACAAAGGUGGAGAAGGAGGCUGCAUCAGUAUCAAGCUCUGAUGGUGUGCGUCGUUCAUCACGUCGUCGAAGCGGAGCUUAG